AUCUGUAUAUGUGUGCGUAUGUGUCAAUUUACGAAAGUUCUGAUGUUUUAUACUUUUUUACAAUAGAAAAGAAAAAUGGCAAAUUUUUUACCAGACGAGGAUUCGGUAUACAACUGGACCGAUUCGCAGACUGAUUUAUUUUUACAAGACUUUCCAUGGAGUGGGGGAGAUGCGAGAGGGGAGGAGAGUAGCCCCAUUCAUUUUGGCACGGUAUUUAAAGAAGAACCAAUAUCUGGUGUAAAGAGAUUCUAUGAAGUGGAAUCUUCAAGAGAGAGUUCACUUUUAUCACCAGAAAAAAAGAAAUCACCUAGCAAAAAAGGGGUAAAACGACGGUUGAUAACAGAGGAUAAAGAAAAUGAUCAGAAAAUGAAAAGAGAACAACUGGAUAGACAUUCGGACAGUAUAAGACCAAUGUGUUGGGGGGAAAAUUCUCCCAGAUAAAACAAUUAACAGAAGUCAUAGGGAAAAUGGAGGAAAAUCAUU